CUCUUCCCACAGUCUCCCAGCCCAGUCCCAGCCAAGAGGUCCAAAUUCGACAAAUUGCAAUCUCCGUCUGCUGAAAAAGACAGGAAACCAGACUGGUUACAGUCAUUGUCCAAGUCUGCACACAAGGAUCUGAAACAAGUCCAACUGAAACAGAGGCCCUCUGCUUUCCGCCCCUGGUCUCCUAAAGCUGCAGAGAAAGAGAAACCAGCCUCUCAGAGUGAGGCAGAGAGGUCCUAUUCUAAGAAUCAGGAGGCUUUGACGGAUCCCAAUCUGACACUCGCUCCCCUGGUCCAUCCCAGGGAGAGUCCGGCUCCUGGCAGGGGACUGACAGCCAUUUCCAGGCCGCCACAGGAGCUGCAUAAUGGAGACGUACAGCCUGCAGCACAACCGGCCUCUUCCAGUCCCAGCAAACAAGCUGACAACAUGGACACCGAUGGAGAGAUUGAUGUGGACGACUGCGAUGAUUGUCCAGUGGCACCCUCUUCUUUGGCUUCUCCUCCGUCAGCUUGUACCAGCGUGUCUCAGACUCUCACCCCUCAGAGUGUCACUCGAGCUCAGGAGGGACCUGUCUGGCUGUCAGGGCCCGUUUGCCCGGAGAUGGACUCCCUGAGACAGAUGCUGUACGCAGGCCUGGACAGCAAAGAAGCUCGUGAGAAACUGCUGCAGGAGAUUGUCAGGAUGAGAGUGAAGCAGGAGGAAAAGCUGGCAGUUGCUGUACAAGCUAAACGCAGCCUACAGCAGGAAUUGGAGUUUGUGAGGGUGGCUAAGAAAGGACGCCUUCGUGAGGCCAUUGAAGCCAAGCGCAACCUGCGAAAGGAGAUUGAACGCCUUCGUGUGGAUUGGGAGAGAAAGAUGAGGGACGCAGAGGAGUCGUGCGAGCGACUGAAGGGAGAGCUGGAGAGGGAGAGGCAGCUGCGAGUUUGUGACAAAGGCUGUGAGGCAGAGCGUCUCCGGGUCAAGUACUCUACUCAGAUGGAAGAGCUUCAUGUGCAGCUCCAGCAAGCAGAAUCUGACCGCGAGCAGCUGAGGCAGGAGCUCAAGCAGGAGAGAGAAGCUCGGCAGAGCCUGGAGAGCGUUGUUAAAGACCUGCAAAUCCAGCUGGCGCUGCAGGCUGACAGCACCCCCCCCGGAGACCCCAACAACGUAAACACAGAUAAACACAGACAGACCGCACAACUCACCAACGGAUCCUAAAGUUGCACAUUCAGAACUGGAGAAAAGGACUCAAAACAAAAGGAGCAUGAUUAAAGGACUUUGUUGCACCUCCUGUUAUUGAAAAGAGGCUCGACAAAAUGUCAGUUUUGUAAGAGGAAAAAAAUCUGUCAUAUAUAAUAUGAUAUGAUAUUACAUGAUAUUAUUAUGACAAUAUAUGAAUAUAAUGACAUUAACUGGAAAGUAGCAUGAUGUCUCAGCAUGUUGUCGAGCAUUAGAAAGACUUCUUCAGCGAUGAACACAUCUCUCCAGUGACGUCAGACAUCUGACGCUGUCCACGGACUUUAUUUUGGUAUAAGCUAUUCUACGAUGUGCAAAUAUAGCCACAUAACACUACUUGAAUAUGAAGGGAAGGAACAAGUUGCGCCUGGUGAAACAUGAGCAGAUGACGAAACUCUCGGUGCCACAGAAUACUGGUACACUCAAAGGUGUCAUUGCAGACCACUGGAAACAAGAGACACCAGUUUACCACUAUUUACUUUUAAUAUCCGCUUGCUUUUUAUAACUGUGUAGAGGAUGUACUUUUUAAGAAAUAUUGCUUGCGCAGCACUGUUAUUCCACAGGCAAGAAAAAAACAUCCAUAUUCAAACAUGUACGCGUGUAUACGAGCUUGUCUACCUUUUGUAUUUUAUAAACCUGAAGUAUUGGAGGUUACGUGGGCUUCCUUCAGGUCCACCACUGUUUAAUGCUUUAGAUAUUUUAUGGAAGUGUUACUUUGUAAUAUUAUGAUGCAACUUUAUUUGUUGUUUGAACAUUGUUUUUUUCCAGUAAUGUUUUUUGCAACCAAAUCAUGUGAUAAAUGGUUAAAAUUCUUGCCCACAUUAGUGCAGUCUACAGAUGCCCUUCUAAAAGAAAAAAAAACUUCAAUAGCUGCCUGUAUUUGUUGAAAUGCGGUACUUCUGAUUUUCUAAUGAGUAUUGUAAAAUAAUUUAUAUUCUAUAAUAAUUUGCUGCCUAUUAACAGAAAGCAUUCAUUUUUAGUCACUGGUUUUAGGCUCUUAAAUCAACAAAUGCUGUUUAUAUGAACAACAUUUCUACAUAUAUACAAAAUAUGGAUAUAUAUUUUUUUACUUUAAGAAAAGGAAUUGCACUUUUUAAAGAAAAGAACCUUGCAUUGUGCAUUGUACUCCCUUCUACUUUUUUUUUUAAAAUCACAAGUUAACAUGAACUUGGAAUUUAAGCAUACUUUCUUUCCCUCAGUAUCCUCUGAUGUACAUACGAUGAUAUUGUAAAUAAGAUAUUUGUUGGUAUGUUUGCUUGCUCCAGACUUAAACUGAUUGAAUUAUUUUUUGCUCUUACUUGAAACCAAAAAGAGACUAUAUUUGGAUUUGCAAUUUCAAUGUCGUAUCCCUGAAUAUCAUUGCAAUCACAGGGCAUUUACCAGAAUGGGUGGUAAACCAUAAAUAUAGUCACGAACUUGACCUAUCAGUAGAGUUUGUAGGUUUGAAACAGAUUAUAAUUUCUCCCUUGAUUUUGUUUAUUUGAGAAGAAUCUUUAUUAUUUGAUGAAUUAUAGAGUAUAUAUUACACCACAGACCAAAAACUGAAAAAUGGAUUUGAAUUCUCUGCACCUCCAACCUCCCUUCAAAUAGAGUAGAAGCGACACCUUUUCGUGGUUUCAACUUUAGGUGCUCUCGUAUAUAUAUAAAUAUAUAUAUAGACAAGAAACACUUUUAUGUCUUAUCAUUAUGAUACCCUCUCUCAGUAUUUGUUGGGUACAGUGUAAUAGCAAUAUCCAUUUUGUUAGCUGAUACUGUUGUAGUUUUGGUUUGGAAGUGGGGUUUCACUUGCCUCUUACAAUGUUUUUGUUUUUCCUUUGAAAAACUUGUAUAAUACCCAUUAAAAUCUAAAUCAAUCCUA